UGCGUUUGCCGUCCAGUAUCUAUAGUAUUCCUUGAAGUAUUAUUGUUUUUGUAGAAAGUGGGAUUUUUGGUGACGGUGGGAACGUUGUUUGUUGACGAUGAUGAUGAUGGAACUGUUCCGAGGCUGGCAGGUAGUGAAACGGAUUCACCUCAGAUGUUUUGAAGGCUGAAAAAGUGUUUUUGACUCCCUCGCGUUUGCUGCUCUGUCACAUUACAGCCAGAUACGGUGAAGUUCUGUAGGAUAACGGCGAAUCCAUGUUAUUUGCGUAAUUAACAAUUAGUCUACUUAUACUCGCCGUGAGAAAGUAGACUUGAAGGAGUGAUCGUUUCGAGGACCCUUGAGGUGAAUAGGAAAGGGAUUGGUCCAGGUGUUUCUUAUCGAUAAGCAAAACAACACGACUUAAUAAAAAAACGUUUAGCGGGACGUGCAAAUGGAGUCCUCAGCACAUAAUGGAAUUUCGUCAGAAGGUGUUGGUAAUGGAACAGGGCAAGAAUAUGAUUCAAACUUUACACAGGAGAUAUCUAACAAAAUGCGGGUUCCGCAGCGAAUUUCCGUUGUCGAUCCUGACUACGCUAUGAAGCCGGUCGAGACUAUUGGUGAGCCACACCUUCAACGGCCAGAGAAAUCUUUGGUGAUGACCGUACCAGAUCGAAUACUUAUCGGGGAGGGAGGACGUCAUGUGCCUGGGCGGGAUCCUCUUCCAGAAGCCAAAUUCGAGCGAAACGUUCUUGAUUUUCAAGAACCCAUCCAGUUAGAGGCUCCACCCAGGACACUAACACUGGAUCAGCACAAGUUUCCUUCACUCGGCGAAAAUGCAAGCGGUAACCAAAAAAAGGUGAAAUUUGAGGAAUCGGUGAACAAUUUGUCAUCACUGGAUGAUCUUGAAGACGAAAAGCUAAACAGCUCACUCGUGGGGACCCCGCCAGGAGAUAUUUCACGAGAUGACAUCUCCUCUCUGCAAAAACAAUUGAGAGACACACGAAGGCGUUUGAGUGUAUUGGAGGCUGAAAAUCGUGAGCGUCAGCAACGGGAAGUCGCAUUUUGCUCCUUUGCUCUAUUUUACUUCGUACUCAAAGGAGUUCUCUGGAUGAAUCGAAAUUGGUAGAAGGCUCCAAUGGCACAAAAUACUGCACCAUUGUAUUCACAUCGAUAAUAAUAGUAACAGUACCGACAAAAAAAUCGUCAGAUCUUCGUUGUAAAAAACAAACUAUCCUGACUCCAUGCCUAUAAAAAAGCCAGGUGUUUAAAGCGAGUCUAUUUAGCUCCAGAUAUUAAACAUAGCCAGCUAGCUUUAAAUGCGUACCGAUGAAAGAUAGGUGCACGCAAGAGAGAUGAAAACGGAAGAAAGGAGAAAUAUAUCUAAAACUAAACUGGUAUACGACAAACUGAAAGCGCGGCCAUUUGCGUCCUGUUUUGUGGAAGGUGUACACUGGUAGAUUCAGAAAAAAAGUGAUUAUGAUUCGUAGAACACGUCUGCUGUGAAGUACAUAUAGGAGAUUCCCAAGGCUUGGCAAAGAAAGGCUUUUCUAUAAAAAAAAAAGUUGUAGGAAAAACAUUAUAGAACAAUUCAUACUGUUUGACUUAUAAAUUGUCGGAAUUUUAAGGAAUCGGGCUUGGACGAUGUUGAACAGAAAAGACAGCCCAGCGGACAGAAGAUAUAAUAAUUAUGCUUAGUAUGCAUGUUAAACAUAUGUCAGUUAAAUUUUCAUUAUAUAGCGCACUACUAAGGAAAGUGUUAAAAAACUUCAGUUGAGGCUAGCCUAAAUAAAUUGUCAAUAUAUAAGAAA